CCACUCUCUCUCUCUAAAUUCUCACUCCCCUUUAUAAUCCCUACCAGAUUACACAAUUUCGAUUCCUAGCUAGCUUACCUCAUUUCAUUUCUGUUAUACAUACAUAUAUACAUACAUACAUAUAUAUAUAUACACAAUUUCCCAAUUCAAUUUCAAAUUUUGAGAUCAUGGAUUACUAUUAUAUGGACGAUGAUAAAUGGAAGGUCUCCACUACCACCAGCAGCAGCAGCAGCAGCAAUAGUAACUACGGGUACGGGUACGGGUAUCCGCAGCAGUCCGGAUCAGGAUCCGGAUCCAGCAAGUCGUCGUCUUCGUCGUCUUCUCUGGCCAGAAGUGUUUCGCAGCGGAGCUCCGGCAAGAAGAAUCCUUUCAGCCUGUCGAGAAGCUCGUCGCAGAAAGUGAAAUCGUCGUCGUCGUCGUCGUCGUCGACGUUGACGAGAAAUUCGUCGCAGAAGUGCUCGGAAUUCACGCGGAAGUGCACGAACAUGGCGAAGGAGCAGAAGGCCAAAUUCUACAUCGUCAAGCGCUGCAUCACCAUGCUCGUCAGCUGGAAGAAGAACAACGACGAUUCUUAAUUAAAUUAAAUUAAAUAUUACUGUCUUCAUCUUCUUCUUCUUCUUCUCUCUCGAUAAAUUUCUUUGUGUGUGUAAUUAUAUAUAUAUAUAUAUAUAUACAUAUAUAGUGGGUGAGGUCGAUCGAUCGGAAUGGUGUAUGGAUCGAAUUCGAAAAUCGUGUUUGUUUUUCAUGUUUUGUAACUGAGAUGGAUUUUGGGGUUCUUCAUCAUCACCCAAACAAGUUUUCCCCUUCUCACUCAUCCCUAAUCCCUCUUUCUCUCUCUAUAUAUAUAUAUGUAUAUGUAUC